GAAGGCACCUACUUAUUUCAACUGAUUCCUUUGGGACUUCGAUUCCAAGUUAAAAAAUGGCCGCCUCCGCUGCUACUGCGUCUUCUUCUGUGACGGAGGAAGAGCUCACACUGACAGUAAAAUGGAGUGGCAAAGAGUACACGGUUCGAGUUUGUGGGGAUGACUCAGUGGCCGAGUUGAAACGAAGAAUCUGCGAACUCACCAACGUUUUACCCAAAAGACAGAAGCUUCUUUACCCUAAAAUCGGCAACAAGCUCUCCGAUGACUCCCUUUUGCUCUCUCAACUUCCCCUUAAGUCCUCUCUCAAGAUGACCAUGAUUGGCACUGUCGAAGAUGAUAUAAUUGUUGAUCCAGUUGAGACUCCAGAGAUCAUUGAUGACUUUGAACUUGGGCAAGAUGAAGCUGUUGACAUAAAAGAUAAAGAGGUCAACAAGCAGAAAUUGAAGAGACGUAUAGAUCAAUAUAAGAUUGAACUGAAAACUCCAUGCCGUAAAGGAAAGAAGCUGCUUGUUUUGGAUAUUGACUAUACUUUAUUUGAUCACCGGUCUACGGCAGAGAAUCCACUUCAACUCAUGCGGCCUUAUCUUCAUGAGUUUCUUACAGCUGCUUAUGCAGAGUAUGAUAUCAUGAUUUGGUCUGCCACCAGCAUGAAAUGGGUUGAAUUGAAGAUGGGACAGCUUGGAGUACUAAACAAUCCAAACUACAAAAUCACAGCCCUCCUAGACCAUUUAGCAAUGAUCACUGUUCAAUCAGAUUCUCGUGGAACCUUUGAUUGCAAACCACUUGGCUUGAUUUGGGCUCAGUUUCCUGAGUUUUACAGUUCAAAAAACACUAUAAUGUUUGAUGAUCUGCGAAGAAAUUUUGUGAUGAAUCCACAGAAUGGUUUGAUAAUUAAGCCAUUCAGGAAAGCUCAUGCAAACAGAGAUACUGACCAAGAGCUUGUAAAGCUCACCCAGUACUUGUUAGCCAUUGCAGAUCUGGAUGAUUUGAGUGCCAUUGACCAUAGCCAUUGGCAGUUAUUCACUGAGGACAGUGCCAAAAGGCGCAGGCAUGCAUGACUUACAUUGACAAGCAGGGAAAUUUCCAUGUGUUAAUAAUGUUCUCUUUUUUGAGGUAUCGCAAAUAUUGGGAUGUGAUACUGUUGAAUGCUAGCCUUUGCUAGUCCUCCAUGAUGGCCUGGCGGGCCACUUGAACCCAUGAAUGUCAUCUUAUUUGGCAUUACUCUUUUUAUUUAUAUAUAUACAUAUUAUAUAUAUUAUAUACAUAAAGUCGUGAAAUGAAACUGAUUCGUAGAAACUGUGAUAUCUGCAUUUCGGAUAAAGGAAGUUGCCUUUCCAUAACACCGUCAAGGCCCAUCCUUAUUACUCAAUUGAAGAAGAGGCUUUGUUUUCUUAA